UUCGAGACAGGAAGUUUACUUGACCAGGGCCGGAAACGUUCCGUUUGUCCUCAAAAUGGAUUAAUUUAAUAUUUUUGUCAUAUUAUCGGAGUCACGAAUUCUUCGGAUGAUGUCUUCAACGACGAGGAGCGGAGACAUCAUCCAUCUGAAUGUCGGCGGGAAGAGGUUCAGCACCUCCCGGCAGACUCUCACCUGGGUUCCUGACUCCUUCUUUUCCAGUCUUCUGAGCGGUCGCAUCUCGACUCUUAAGGAUGAAACUGGAGCGAUCUUCAUCGACAGGGACCCCUCCCUGUUCGCUCCCAUCCUCAAUUUCCUGCGGACCAAAGAGCUGUAUCCUCGUUCCAUCAACGUGCACAUGCUCAUGCACGAGGCCGAAUUUUAUGGCAUCACACCGCUGGUGCGUAAGCUGCAGCUGUGUGACGAGCUGGACCGAUCCUCCUGUGGAAACGUGCUGUUCAACGGCUACCUGCCUCCUGCAGUGUACCCGGUGAAGCGUCGGAACCGACACAGCGUGGCGGGUUCGCAGUUCAUGGCAGGUCGGGCAGUCCCAGUCGAGAGGGCACCGGUCAGACGGAGCAACACCAUGCCCCCCAACCUGGGGAAUUCUGGGAUGCUGGGGAAGGCCAGCUAUGAGGAGAGGACGUCUGCAGGUGGGUCAUCGGACCCCGGCAUGGUACGGAUCAUCUGUGGGCAUCAUAACUGGAUCGCCGUGGCAUACGCACAUUUUGUCGUCUGUUACAGGGUGAAGGAGUCGACUGGGUGGCAGCAGGUCUUCACCUCUCCUCGCCUCGACUGGAUGAUCGACAGAGUCGCUCUGAACGCCAAAGUGAUGGGCGGCUCACUGGGAGACAACGACAAGAUGGUGGCUGUUGCCUCGGUGACGGAGAUCAUCCUCUGGUCCAUCUGUCCCGAUGGCAAUGGAAAUGAAAUCGGCGUCUUCAGCCUGAACGUGCCAGCCGAGGCUCUCUUCUUCGUUGGUAACCAGCUGAUCGCCACCAGCCACACUGGGAAGGUCGGGGUUUGGAACGCUGUCACCAAACAUUGGCAGAACCAGGAUGUGGUUCCCAUCAGCAGUUAUGACACCGCCGGCUCCUUCCUGAUCCUGGGCUGCAACAACGGAUCCAUCUAUUAUAUCGAUGUUCAGAAGUUUCCUCUGAGGAUGAAAGACAACGAUCUGCUGGUGACGGAGCUGUACAGAGACCCAACUGAAGACGCCAUCACAGCGCUCAGCGUCUACCUCACGCCUAAAACCAGUGACAGUGGGAACUGGAUCGAGAUCGCAUAUGGGACCAGUUCUGGGACUGUUCGAGUCAUCGUUCAGCAUCCAGAGACAGUUGGCUCGGGGCCACAGCUCUUCCAGACCUUCUCCGUUCACCGAAGCCCCGUUACCAAGAUCAUGCUGUCUGAGAAACACCUCAUAUCAGUUUGUGCAGAUAACAACCAUGUGCGAACCUGGACAGUGACCCGGUUCAGAGGGAUGAUCUCCACCCAGCCAGGAUCUACGCCCCUCACCUCCUUCAAGAUCCUCAGCCUUGAUGACGUUGAUGGACACGGAGGCUGCAGCGCUGGGACGGAGAUAGGUCCGUACGGAGAGAGAGACGACCAGCAGGUGUUCAUCCAGAGAGUCGUCCCAGACACUGAUAAACUCUACAUCAGACUGUCGUCCAACGGAAAGAGGGUGUGUGAGGUGCGCUCGGUGGACGGGACCUCCAUCACGGCCUUCAUGGUCCACGAGUGCGAAGGCUCGAGCCGCAUUGGCUCUCGGCCCCGUCGCUACCUGUUCAGUGGCCAUAGUAACGGCAGCAUCCAGAUGUGGGACCUGACGACCGCCAUGGACAUCGCCGGCAAAGUAGACAUCAGAGCGCUGGGUGGACCAACAGAGGAGGAGCUGCUGGAGCUGUUGGACCAGUGCGACCUGGCUCUGACCAGAACACCUGACAGCACACCGAGAGCCUCCACCUGCAGCCUUCACUCUCAGCUCAGCGACGGUUUUCGGAUGGAGCGUCUCUACUCAGCAUCAGGAGGGCGAGGACCAGCUGGAGCUUCAGGUUCGUCUGCUUCGCUGUACGGCAGCCUCCCCCGGCAGACUCCGCCCCCAAUGCCCCUUACCAAACCUUCUCGAGAUGCUGGCCAGUCCGGCGGGCUGCAGACUCCUUCCACUUCCAGUCUGAGCCAGACUGCCAGCCCCCACCCUAACAGACACCACCUGGACCGGGACUGGGGGUCUGUCCGCAGAGGGAGCUUUGUGGAGCGCUUCCAGGAGCUUGUCAAGGGCUCUGAGGCAGCAGCGGCGGCCCUGCCGGGGUCGGAGGGCAUCAGGCGAAGCUUAGCUGUGUGCAGUGAGUUGGAGGCCAGAUUUGGCCUCAGGACCCCGACCAGCUUCUCCGUGUCACCAGGUGCUCGCUAUUCCUCUGGAACACCGUCAUCCUUGUCUUCCUCACCGUUAUCCUCCUCGUCAUCCCAACGUAGGGUCACUCCUACCUCCCCAACAAGCCCCGCCUCCUCAGCAGCAAGCCCCACCCGCUCUCUGACACCUGUCUCACCUCGCAGCGGUGCCGCACCUGCCGAUGCAGCGGCGUCCCCCGAGAGCCCCACGAGUUCGGACAGCGCCUCCGUCGGCCCGCCCACCAGCCCCAAACCACACAUGAAUGAAACCAGCUUCUGAUUGGCCAGUUCUUCCUCCCAAGGAGCAGAAUGAAGAAACGCUUCAGAAAUGAAGUUAAACAUGACGGAUGCAAAGCGACCUGCUGGAGAGAUCCAGCUCUGUACAAGUCCUGGUCCUGGUCUCGUUUCCUGACAACAAGGAAAAGGUGCUGCGGUUUAAUAAAACAUAUUCAAACAGAAAUGGAAAUACAGUAAAUAUAAAUGUAUUUAUGCUGAAAUGAUUCAUAUGUCAGCGUUAGACUAACAUUCCUCUGGACAUGGUCGGGUUCAAGGACUGGACUGGAAAAAACUGAAUGACUGACCCAGGAAGUAGAGGACAGAAAAUUACAUUUUUUUAAAUCUGAAUCUUUGGCCCUUAAAAAAAAAACACAAUUUUCAGAAAUAUGCAGUUUAUUAUCGUUUGAAGUCAGAAUUAU